UAUUUAUUAUAAUUUCAAGAUGUUAAAGCUGUGGCUCUGCUGUGCUUUAUUUACAGGCGCAUAUGCUUUCAAUCAUGGAUCAGACUUGGACGAUUUCAAGGAGUACAUGAACGAAUUUGAAAAGAAUUAUGCUAACCCAACGGAGCAAAAUGCUGCCAACUAUUAUUUCAACUAUCACACCAAAUUGAUUGCUCAGCAAAACGCGUUGGAAGAUCGGAAAGCGAGUACCUAUCGCGUUAAAAUCAAUAAGUUUUCGGAUAUUAGAUUAAUUACUUUUGCGGCCCGUUUACCUCAGGCCGUGUAUCCUGCAAAGUCUAACGAUAAGAAACCUAUUGAAACGGAAAAUACAAUUGCCGAUGAGAUUGACAUCCUCGCCGAAUAUGGCAUCAAUGUGACCGCCCAGGAUCAGGGCACCUUGUGUAGUGGCAGCUGGGCCUAUGCUGCAGCCAAGGCCCUACAGAUAUUGAACGCUCUGCCAAGUGAUAAGGAACCAAUGGAAUAUUCUGCCCAGCAUCUAAUUGAUUGUGUUGGCAUGAGCACCAGUUGCACAACGCAGGUGCCACAACAGGCUUUUGACUAUCUAACCCAAGUAGAUGACGCUACACUGCUAACUGAUAUUGAAUAUCCGACCCAUGAAAACUCCGUACAGGGUAUGUGUACACCACCCGCGCUGCCUUCAGGCGGAGUUAAGCUGGCUACAUAUUCGAAGAUACGCGAUGGCGAUGAUGAGUCAGUUAAGCGCUUCGUUUCUAACUCAAUACCCGUGAUUGUAGAGUACAAUCCGGCCACAUUUGGAUUCAUGCACUACAGCAGUGGAGUCUAUGUGCCACCAGCAAGGGCCAGGGCUGCAAGCUCACAGUUUCUGGUUGUUGUUGGUUAUGGCCAUGAUGCAGCUACUAAGUUAGACUAUUGGCUAUGUCUCAAUUCGUUUGGUACUCAGUGGGGCGAAGACGGCUUUAUCAAAAUAGUGCGUAGUGACAAGCAGCCCAUUGCAAAGGGAGCAAUUUUCCCAAAUACCCUAGGAUGAAAUUCUUUAUAAGAAUCCAUUAAACUAAGUUAAUAAAUCUUUUGUAUCCUUAGUUCAGCUUAGAAGUUUAAAUAUGUAACACUAAGUCAAAGUUAACAUUUGUUUUUUGUUUUAUUGAUUACAUCAUUUAUGACUGCAUUAGUUGAGAAAGUAGCAACAAGUUUUGUUGGUUUGUGAAAGUUUAUAACUUUUUUCCAUCUUUAUAUUAAAUUUUGUAUUUAGUUUAUUUAUUGAUUUUUCAUCUACAAGCGGAGCUUUACAGACUUAAACGCUAAAAAUUAACAAGUUCACAUAUUUUUUUUUUAAAUUGUUGUUGGAUUUGUUCUUUUUUUUUUUUUUUGGUUUUGCAUUUUAUUUUCAAUUUUAUUUGUAAUUUAUUUAUCAUUUUGAAUAUAUAUUGGUUGGGUUUGCAUAGAAACUCAUAAACCAAAUAUAAUAUAUUAUAAUUUUCACGACUCAGCCAGCGCAGACAAAACACGUAUUAUUUUGUUCAAUAAAUAUUAUGCAACUGUGUGUUCUUUUGUUUAACAA